UUGAUUUCGCUCAUAAUGUCGUCCAAGCUUUUAACCUUCUUCUUCGUUCUAUCUCUUGUGGCGAUCCACCACAUCCCUGUCGUGACAUGCAGACAAUGGUGCAUGGCGAUGCCUAAUGCUUCAGAUGAGCAGUUACAAGCCAACAUUGACUACGCUUGCAGCAACGGCGUCGAUUGUACACAGAUCCAGCCCGGGGGAGUAUGCUAUGAACCAAACACUCUUUAUGACCACGCGUCGUAUGUGAUGAACGCUUAUUACCAGAGUCAUGGACGCAUUGAAGACUCUUGCAGGUUCAACCGCAGCAGUUGCUGGGUCUUUGUCGACCCAAGUUAUGGCUCAUGUGUGUACUACACUUGA